AUGUUCCGAUUCGUACUCGCCGUUCUGGCUGUGGCCGCCGGUGUCUCGGCUGGACCGCUCGAUCGUGCCCAUCAGGCAAACCCGGAGGCUCACGCCCAGAUCGUGUCGUACGAGAACGUGCUGCAGGACGAUGGCCACUAUCGCUGGAGCUACGAGACGAGCAACGGUAUUGCUGCCCACGAGGAAGGACUUGGUGCGGCCAGUGCCAACGGAGCCUACUCCUACACCGGACCUGAUGGCGUGCAGUAUCGCGUCGUGUAUGUGGCCGAUGAGAACGGCUUCCGACCGGAGGGUGCCCAUCUGCCCACGCCACCACCGACUCCUGAGCACGUGCUUCGUUCGCUCGAGCAGAUCCGCGCUAACCCACCUCGGGAUCAGCCAGACUUCAGUCUUGAGGCUUUGGACGCUACGCUCGCUCGUCUGCGACAGCACUGA